AACCAUUUGGUACCGACUAUUGAUGGAGAGACGGUUUGAGAGCGACCGACAUACAAUAAUGCCUCCAAAUUCUUUUGUUUCUCAUGCUUUGGAAGAAGGACAAGACUGGAGGGCGUUUAUGGCUGGUAUUGCUACGUACCCCAACUUCAUGGUUGCUUGGUGGGAUGUUGAUACGGUCUUAUUGCCGAUUCAUUCAUCCCCUAAUCAUUGGCUAUUUGGGGAACUACGAUUAGCGUCAAUGGAAGUGCAUAUUUAUGACAGUCUUGGUAGAGGGGCUUAUGAAAAAUUCAAAUCUGAAGGAAUCUUUUCCAAAUUUGAACGCCGGGUGGCAAAUUAUUUGGACAAGAUUAAGUAUUGGGCCCGGAGGAACAUCCCAAGGAUUCCAUUGAAUAUGCAAUUCAAUUAUGAAGAAAAUGUUCCCCAACAAAGUAGUCAUUUGGGAGAUUGCGGUGUUUUUGUUUGUAUGUUUAUGGAGCAAUUCGUUUCAGGUCAACCAAUACGUGUUCUUAUUGACCCAAAGAACGCAGCUUUAGAGUUCCGUCAACGGAUGUCAAAUUUUUUUUGGGGGUCUAGUCUUGGUCCUAUGUAG